AUGGCGGCAUCGACUCAGGAAAGAGUACAUUUCUUUAGAACUCGUUUAGAGGAACUUGACUGUCCAUACAUUGAUGGCGUCGAAGAUACUUGGAUAGAGGAGCUGAUAUUUAAACCUGGUGAACCAAGAAUACGAYUGAUUCAGUGGCUAUUGGGCAGAUUUGAUCCAACUGUUCAUGAUAUCCUAGAGAGUCACCAGGGCAAAGCUAAAGGUGAUUCCAGGCUACAAAAGUUGCUAUUUGUGUGUAGUCUUCUUGGUCUUUGUAAAAACGAUGACAUUGAACUACUUAAGGGUAGCACUUCAAAAUCCAAACAAAUUGUAUUCAUGGAAAAUAUGAUUGAUUUGGUCAGCACAGUUGAUUCCCUUGACUCAAGUGCAAAAAUACAUGGAAAAACAGUUACUGAAAGCAUUGGAGAUCAGUUUGAAAAUGAUUGUAAAUUUCUGGACACUUUAUGUCGUCAAGAAGAUCUCAGUGAUGUUUUCAAGACAAGAAUACAACUUUGCCCACUAGAUCUAGUSAAAGGAGAUUCCAAGUCUGAUGAUUCAAGAGUGCCUGACAACAAACAGUUAGCCAGUGUUGCUGACCAGUUGGCUUCUGAAUUAGAGGCACAAAACAUGCAGCUUGAGGAUUUAAGGGCAAAGAUUGAUGAAAAUAACACCGAUUCCUCUACAAGAGAAAAAGUCAACAAGACAUUGAGCUUAGCUUUAACAACAAUGUCACAAGUUGUCACAAGCUUUAUCCAUUGUUAUGAGACUGAAAUGAAGUCUUGGUGCUAUAGAUCGCAGCCCAAACUUUCAGAACUCGGGCCAGCAUUCCAAAGGGUACAUUCCUUACUUGACAAGUAUUCAGUGCUGAUGGAAAGUCUAUGCUCUGUUAAGCUUACUUACAGUAGUAUGCGAGACACAACUGGUGCUAGAUUACAGAAGCUAAAAGAUCAUGCUUUAGUACCAAUGAGUAAAAACCUAUUAGAGAGACUAUCACAAAGCAGUGCUGUUCUUGAGGAAUCAUUACAGCGAURUCAAGAAUCUUAGCUGCAGUCGCACUGGAAUUCUGUUUGAAAUYUGAAUACAAUGUACAGCAAUUACUUUAUUCCCACUGAGAUAUAUAAAUACUUAUAAGAAGCUUUAGUUUUUGAACAAACUAGUGACCAGGUGGGAACUAGCGGAAAACUAGUGUGAGCUGCGUCGGUGUUUCUAAAGAACAACAACUGUAGAAUAUACACACAACUGUAGACUAGUGACCACUUCUUUUGCUCUUAAUAGUGCAGCAGUUCGAUUUAAGUUUGCAGAUUUAAGUAGAGGUGACAUAUUUAUGAAAAUGACAGUAACCAUGAUAUGAACAUCUGUUCACAAAAUUUAUCCCGACCAUCGCAUCAGUUUAGACCAGGCCAGGAAGUCAUCCCCGAAUGAUUUCCGUAUGGAAAUUAAAAGUCAGCAUCUGCAAU